AUGAAUGAAACAAAUGAUAUAUCACUACGAGACUCGAAUGAACGUAAAAUUUUCAAAAGUUUAGAAAAAAUGGAAAUGGUUGCAAAAAUUAGAAAAGACGAAUCAGAAAUUUUGCCUAGUUACGAAGAACAUGAACAUACUCCACCUCAAGUCGAUCAAUUCUUAAAUGCACAACAAGGUCAAGUUAACGAAAGACCAAAUAUCUUGGAGGAUGAACACUCUCAUCAUAGUGAUAAUAAUACUUUUGAAACAGCAUUGUCAACAUUUCCAGGUUUAAAACAACAACAGUCCAAAAAAGUAUUAACAAGUAAAGCUAAGUCUAAUCAAGUUAAUAAAAAAAAAUUACUGCAAUAUUUUAAUUGUUGUCCCCACACCAAAACAACACUAGUUUUUUCAAUUAUUGCAGUAUUAUUGUUUAUAUUAGGCAUAUUUAUUGCAGUUUUAGAGUCAAAUCGAAAUAACGAAUAG